AUGAAAAAUCUUAAUGACUUUAUUGCUCGGGUCAGGACUGCUAUAAGAUGGGUGAGAUCUUCUCCUACUAGAUUGGAGAAAUUCAAGGUUGAUGCGCGGUCUGCGGGAAUAACAUCAAAGAAGGGGUUUUGUACUGAUUUGGCUACGCGAUGGAACUCAACAUUUUUGAUGUUGGAGGCAGCCCAGGAGUAUAAGUUGGCAUUUGCCUUAUUGGGUGAGGAAGACAUCCAAUAUGUAAAAUAUUUUGAAGAUCAACCAGGAUUGGGGAAGCCGAUGACUAAGGACUGGGAUGUUGUAAAAGAAGAAUUAGAUGAGAUUAUUGCAUGCGGUCACACUAGGUUGCAGGAGAUGGCAUUAUUGAUGAGGGCGAAGUACGACAAAUAUUGGGGGGGAAAUUUCGAUAGGGCUAAUAUGUUGUUAUAUGUAGCUGUUGCCAUUGACCCCCGGUUUAAGAUGGAUGGCAUGGUAUAUGGAUUGGGUAUUGCCUAUGAGCAAGUAUGGGCGGAGCAUAUUGCAUUAAGGGUUAGGGAAACCCUUGAUAGAUUAUUUGAUGAGUUUACCAUCUCGCGGGGUGGUAAUAUUACGGCACCUACUGCUAUCCUCCCACCGGUUCCAGAUGCUAGGGGUGAAAAAAAACGUAGAAUGGACUGGGGUGAUAGGAUGGAAGGGAACCCAUUCACGAGGAGUACUAUAGAGGCUAAGUCAGAGAUAGACAAAUACUUUGGUCUAGAUCUUGAACCAUAUGUACGAGACUUUGAUAUCCUGACUUGGUGGAAGAUACAUGCCCCCAAGUAUCCCGUCCUUGCACAAAUAGCCCGCAGUAUUUUGGUCAUCCCUAUUAGUACCGUAGCAUCGGAGUCGGCCUUUAGCACUGGAGGGCGCGUAUUGGAUCCAUUCCGGAGCUCAUUAGAUCCUGACACUGUUGAGUCUUUGAUUUUCACCUCAAAUUGGAUCACAGGGAGUUCAAUUCAUGUUCCGGAUGUUAUUGAUUAUGAUCAUGUCAACGCCGACGAUGAGGGUGAUGAUGCACUUGGAUCUGUGAUGCAUGCAUUACCUAGUGUUGGGACGACGUCUACAGCUACAUCCUCCGUUGCAGUAUGA